AUGAGACUGGCCAACGCCAGCGUCGUCUCUGAGCUGGUGCUUGUGGGCUUCUCCAAUCACCCCCAGGCCGAGCUCCCCCUGUUCCUCCUGCUCUCUCUGGUCUACCUGACGUGCUGCUUCGGGAACACGGCGGUUGUCACCUUAGUGGUCCUCGAUGUCUCUCUGCAGUCGCCCAUGUACUUCUUCCUUUGUCACCUGGCUUUGCUGAACGUCUUCUUCAGCACGCUGGUGGUGCCCAAGAUGCUCUUCAACUUCCUCACAAGCAGUAAGGUCAUCUCCUACGCCUUCUGCCUUGCUCAGACCUACCUCACCCUGUUCCUCGAAUGCACGGAGUGCUUCCUUCUGGCAGUGAUGGCUCUGGACCGCUACGUGGCCAUCUGCCACCCGCUGCGAUACCUGCUGCUCCUGAGCUGGCCCGCGUGCGUCGCGCUGGCGCUGGGAGCCUGGGCGCUGGGGUUUUUCGCUUCGGUGGUGCCGCUCUCCUGCAUCAUCCUCCCACUCUGCGGUCCCUUUGUGGUGGACUACAUUUUCUGUGAGCUGCCCAUCCUUCUGCACCUGUUCUGUGCAGACACGACGCUGCAGGAAGCCAUGAUGGCGGUAGGGGGCGCUGGAACCGUGAUGGUACCCUUCCUCCUCAUUCUGCUCUCCUACCUUCGCAUCCUGCUGGCUGUGAUGAGGGUGGACUCUUCGGAGGGCAGGAAAAGAGCCUUCUCCACCUGCACGUCCCACCUGACUGUGGUGACCAUUUACUACGGGACGGGGCUGAUCAGGUACCUGAGGCCCAAGUCCCUUUACUCGGCGGAGGGGGACAAGCUCAUCUCCCUGUUCUACGCAGUUAUCAACCCCAUGCUGAAUCCUUUCAUUUACAGCCUGAGGAACAAGGAGGUUCAGGGAGCCCUGGGGAGGGUGAUAGGGAGAUACCGGGCAGCGCGAAAGCCACAGGCUGCGCUCCUUAGACGCUAG